AUCAGUCGAAAAUCAUAUCGCACUAAUUGAACUUAUCCGUAGAAAAAUAAUCCAAGUUUGAUUUUGACUACUCGAUCAUAUGCAUCCAUGCGAGAGUUAAUUGUUCAAUCUCCAAUGUGUCGAUGCAUCUUAGGGGCCAGUGCCUUGUGGAUCUCAAAAAGUAGGAACCAAACGCGUUUUGUUCCUAAUCAUAACAUCCGAAACCACCCAUAAAAGAAGAUUGGUAUCUCAAGUAACGAACGUAACAUAAGUACAGUCAGUUACAGUUUGAUUCGACAUUAACAGAACUAUGGGACAAAAGAGAAGGAUUCAAUGUUUCUGCAAUUGAUGUGGUAAGUUGGUAAUUUAUCAUGGCUGGGUUGGAGGAAUUAAGGAAGAAGCUUGCACCCUUAUUUGAUGCUGACAAGGGCUUCUCUGUCGGGUCAACCUUAGACCCUAGUGAUUCUUAUAUGCUGUCAGAUGGUGGAACUGUUAACUUAUUAAGCAGAUCAUAUGGAGUGUACAACAUAAAUGAGCUGGGAUUGCAAAAGUGCACUUCUUCACCGGUAGAUGAAACAGAGCACAGUGAGAAAACAUAUCGAUGUGCCUCCCAAGAGAUGAGAAUUUUUGGAGCUAUUGGUAGUGGUGCCAGCAGUGUUGUUCAGAGAGCUAUUCAUAUUCCUACACAUAGAAUUCUUGCCCUGAAGAAAAUUAAUAUUUUUGAAAAGGAGAAAAGACAACAGCUUCUUACUGAGAUACGGACACUGUGCGAGGCACCUUGUUAUGAGGGUCUUGUGGAAUUCCAUGGAGCAUUUUAUACUCCUGACUCUGGGCAAAUAAGCAUAGCUUUAGAAUACAUGGAUGGAGGUUCAUUAGCAGACAUGUUACGAGUGCGUAAAAGGAUACCAGAACCAGUGCUUUCACAUAUGUUUCAAAAGCUUCUUCAUGGUCUAAGCUACUUGCAUGGGGUUAGACAUUUGGUUCACAGAGAUAUAAAACCAGCAAAUCUGCUUGUGAAUCUCAAGGGGGAGCCAAAAAUAACAGAUUUUGGCAUAAGUGCUGGCCUAGAGAAUUCAAUGGCGAUGUGCGCUACUUUUGUUGGGACUGUCACAUACAUGUCACCUGAGCGAAUUCGAAAUGACAGCUAUUCUUAUCCAGCUGAUAUUUGGAGCCUUGGUCUUGCUCUCUUUGAGUGUGGCACAGGGGAGUUCCCAUACACAGCUAAUGAGGGACCUGUCAACCUUAUGUUGCAGAUCUUGGAAGAUCCAUCGCCAUCACCGUCCAAACACAAAUUUUCUCCAGAGUUCUGCUCAUUUAUUGAUACUUGCCUCCAGAAGGAUCCUGAUGCUAGGCCAACAGCAGAGCAGCUUCUUUCACACCCAUUUAUCAUGAAGUAUGCUCACACUAGUGUAGACCUGGCAUCAUAUGUCCAAAGCGUUUUUGAUCCAACACAAAAAAUGAAGGAUUUGGCAGAUAUGCUGACGAUACACUAUUACUUACUUUUUGAUGGCCCGGAUGAGCUUUGGCAGCACACAAAGACAUUAUAUAAUGAAGGCUCAACUUUUAGUUUCUCUGGGAAACAGUCUGUUGGUCCUAGAGAUAUCUUUGCAACCUUGUCAAACAUCCGGAGCACAUUAGCUGGUGAUUGGCCCCCUGAAAGACUUGUUCACAUUGUGGAAAAACUGCAGUGCCGUGCUCAUGGUCAAGAUGGAGUUGCAAUCCGCGUAUCCGGUUCCUUUAUAAUUGGAAAUCAGUUCCUCAUAUGUGGGGAUGGUUUGCAAGUAGAGGGAUUGCCAAAUGUUAAAGAUCUUUCAAUUGACAUUCCCAGUAAGCGCAUGGGCACAUUUCAGGAACAGUUUAUCAUGGAACCAGGAAAUGUCAUUGGACGUUACUUCAUAGCUAAACAAGAUCUUUAUAUCGCUCAGUAGAAUAACUGCAAAUGAGAAUUAUGUCCUCCAAGAUAUUUAACCAUUACUACAGCAAGAAAUCUAAGCGGUUAAGCUUAUGGGUCUACAUUUGCCGACAAUUCAUCAUCUAAUAUAUAGAACCACUGUAUGUGCCAAGUUCCUGUCAAGUGCAACGAUUGCCAUGAUUGUAUGGCCAAGGUAAUUUUCAUCUUUGUCUAAACUUGAAUGUAUUAUUGCAUAUGAGAUGCACAAGGACUAAUUGCAAAUUGCAAAUUGGGAUUGAUCAAAUGAACUUACCAUUAAGAAUAUUCCUAAAUGCCUACAUAUUUGUAUUGUAAAAUCCAUCCUAGCUUUUUUACCUUGUAAUGUAUAUUGUAAGUUGGCUGUUAUAGAUAGAAUAAUGGAAAAUUACAGCAAUCAAUAAAAAUAUUUAAUGACUGUUAUAGAAAA